AUGUAUCUUCCUUCUGAUAGUGAUUUAGCGCCGCAGAUUUCAGCAUUUCUUGUGUAUCAACUUGCAAAUUUCAUUUCCGUAUGGUCAAGAAUGGGUCCAAGAUGUUCUCAUGAUUCUUUUGCGAAUUUGCUUUACACGAAUCAUCCUGUUGCGAAUGAUGAAGGACGAUUGCUUCGUGCAGUUGGUCGCAUAAAAAUUAUCCGUUAUUUUAUUCGUAAAUGGGCAAUUACUCAAAGUGUUUCAGUAAUCGAACAAUUAAAAGCUGGUAUUCGUUAUUUUGAUGUAAGAUUAAGUAUUCCGGAUUGUCAUACGUCGUUAACUGGUAUUCAUGUGCUUCAUGCACUUUAUGGUCGUCAGUUAUCUUAUAUACUUUUUGAAAUAAACCGUUUUUUAAUGUCACAUAAAAAAGAAGUUAUAAUUCUUGAUUUUAAUCAUUUUUAUAAUUUUGAUUUUGUUUCUUUUAAGGAAUUUAUAAAAUUAAUUGAGAAUAGUUUUGCACUGAAAACAUUAACACCUCGUUGUCCUCUUAGUGGUCUUUCUUUAGAUUUUAUGUGGAAAUAUGGUUAUCAGAUUAUCGCUAUCAUACCUUACCAUUAUAGUGACAAUCAAAUGAAAAUAUCAUGGAUUUGGGGUCCAGAAUCAAUUGUGAGUCCCUAUCCGAAUGUAAAUCGCUUAGAUCACCUUUUUAAAUUUCUGGAAAUCACAUUAAAAAAUCACCGAAAAACGCAUAAGGAAUGUUUUUAUGUAACUCAAGCAAUUUUAACUGCAAAAUUCAGAGAUAUUUGUUUUCAUCCGUGGUCAUCUUUAAAGGAAACAUUCUCAAUAAAGUGUACAGAACAAACAGUUUCAUGGAUUUCUUCAUUUGCCCAUCCGUCUUUCUUUAAUAUAAUCAUGUGCGAUUUCAUUAAUUAUUAUAAUUUCUGUGAAAUAGUCGCUUAUCUUAAUUAUCAAUUAAUUGAUUAA